CUCCCUCUCAGGUUUGGGCGGCUGAAGGCCUUCUUGUCCUCCUUGUCCUUGUCAGUGCUGUUCGGGCUGCUGGUGUGUCUCUCCCCCUCCCCUUCCAUCUUCAUCCUCACGCGCUUCUUCCUCGCCGCCGCCACGGCCGGAGUCUACCUCACUCUGUACAUCACCCGUGUGGAGCUGUGCGACCCGUCGCUGCGGCUGAUGGUCACCAUGGCAGCGGGCCUGGUGAUGGUUGCCGGGGAGUUCCUGCUGCUGGGCGUGGCUGUGGGCUGCCAGUCCUGGAGGGGCCUGCAGGGGGCGAUCACGGCCCCGCUGGCUCUGUUCCUGAGCUACGGCCUGCCAGGUGUGUUCCCCGAGUCGCCUCGCUGGCUCCUGCUCUCCAGCCCGGAGCAGACAGACCUGCACUCCUUCCGCGAGCAGAGGGAGAGGGAGAGAGAGGAGGACGGCUUCACAGAGCUGGACUCGGUGAGCUUGUACAGGCCCCACUCUACUGCCUCCUGGCUGUCGCUCCCUGAACUGCUGCACUGCAGGAACAUCUGGAAGAACCUUUGUGUGCUGGGUUUCACUUCGUUCAUAUCUCAUGGUAUCCACCACUGCUACAGCUCGUUUCGGGGGGAUGUCCGGGGGACCCAGACUGGGUUCUACUCCUCCUAUCUCCUGUCGUGCAGCACGGGGGGCGUGGCCUGUGCUUGUCUCUGCGCCACUGUGGAUCGCUGUGGUCGCCGUGGCAUCCUGCUCCUUGCUAUGACGAUGACGGGCCUUGCUUCCCUGAUACUGCUGGGACUCAUAGAGUACCUCAAUGAGUGGGCGAUCACCAUCUUCUCUGUCCUGGGGCUCUUCUCCUCACAGGCUGCGGCCUCGCUCUGCGUCCUCUUCACAGCCGAGAUUGUGCCCACCAUCAUCCGGGGCUGUGGUGUUGGUGUGAUUCUGGCUCUGGGCUCAGUGGGCCGCCUCAGUGCCCCCAUCAUGGACCUGCACAACCACUACGGCUACUUCCUGCACCACGUGGUCUACUCCUCCCUCGCCCUGCUGUGCGUCCUGUCCAUCCUGCUGCUGCCGGAGAGCAAGAGGAAGCCCCUGCCGGAGACCCUGCCGGACGGCGAGGCGUACCGCCGCCCCCCACUGGGCAGGAGGAGGAAGGACAACGUCCCCCUGCUGUCCACACCCAACCCCUCCAUCUGAGGUGGGGGGCUGGCGUGGGACUGCUGACGGCCUGCUGCCCUCCUCGCGCUGGUCUGUGGCUGCGCUCAGCCCGCGUGCUGGUUCUGCUCCCGCCUCCCCGCCUCCUCCCUGUGCCCUGCGGUGCGGCUCUGCAGGAGCCCACGCGGGGUCAGCGCCGCCUCGAACCCGGACAGGUCCGGCGACGGCACGCUUGUGUUCCUCGAUCCCGGUCGUCCCCAGCUGGGCGCCCCCUGGUGGCGGUGGUGGCGGCGGUGGGGCGGUCGUCUCUGGGAGGAGCCAGGCGGGCGCCUGUGGCGGAGUGGCCAGGAACUCCAGGGCCUCCGCUGAUCCGGCUCCACGCUCCGUGUGCGGCAGCGUCCUGGGACAGAGCAGUGCGGAAGGUGGGGGGUGUGACCCAGAACUGUCCAGACGGCCCAGUUCUGGGUUUGAAUGGGGAAUCCCCCUCCCCCCAGGCCUGGGGGUCCGUGUGGCGCCUCUGCUCUCUCUGCCGCUUCGGCAGCCUCGCGGGUCGCGAGCGGUAGUCCGCCGGAGCUAGAGUGGGCGGGGGGAGUACAGGAGAGUACAGGAGCUCACAAACGACAGGAGCCCACUGGGCUCCUCUGGCUCGUUUCGGCGUUAAUACCUACUGGACCUGGGCGUCCCGCACCAGCUGUGUCUCGAGAGAGUCCGGGGUAUCGGCUUGUUCCCCGACCCUGCCACCCUCUGUGUAUAGAAGAGCCUCCUGUCCUGACUGGAAGGUCUCACCCUGCUGUGUCUGGAGAGCAGCCAGGGUAUCGGCUACAACAACAUGGCUGAGCAGCUUGUUCCCCACCCCCACCACCCUGCUCUCGGUUUUAAAUGCUCUUCCCUGCCAUUUCCUUUUGUGUCCCCUGGCUCUUGUUUUGCAGUUGAUUCUGAAGAAGCCCGUUUGGGUCGCGUGAGGAGCCCUGUGCUCUGUGCUCUGUGCCCUCUGCUCUGUGCUCUGGGCCUGCACUUCUCGAGCAGGACGCGACAGGGAAAUGUAUCCAGACUCGCCCCAGGCGUCAAAGCGAGUGUCCGCUGUCGGCCCAGAGAUGAGUGUUUAGCAUUCGGGUUCCGUCGAGAGGCGUGCGUUCCUUCGUCUCCGCUCUGCAGUAUCCUGCAGGGAACAGGGCUGUAGUAACGGGUGACUGCAGCUCGGUGGCCUCCGGUGCAGCUGAGCGGCGUCCUAGGCGGGCAGUGCCUGCAGAGGCAGCCAGCAACUCUGGCCCGGCCCGGCCCGGCCCGGCCCGGCCCGCAGGUGGUCAGUGGAAACGAGGAGCCGCACGCGGGGCUGUCGCCAGACCUUCUGUACCAGAAUGUGCUUGGCUGUCGGGCAUCUACAGGGACGCUCCUCACAGUGUCCCCUUCAGUGCUGGUGAUGGCGGGGACGUCUGUGAGAGAUGUAUAACAGUUCUCAGUCUCCAGUUUGAAAAACGACAAUAAAAUCUGCUGAAAACAA